AUGCCUCUUCGUUGGAAAAAAUUUUUAAUGCUCAUUGGUGCAAAUAUUGGUCUCAUCUAUUUGGUACAUUUUCCCAGAAGUCAAAUUCCUACAACCAAUUUAUCUGAUUUAUCUGUCGAUCAGCUGGAAGAGACAUUAUUACUCGAGAAUACUUGCAAGUUACCUAUUAUUGAACCAAAUGAACCAAAUUUAAACGGAUAUAUUCAACAGUUUAGAUCUAUCCAGUGCAAUAGCCAAAUGCCAAAUAUAGUUUCAAUGGACGAAGAAUUUCUGAUUUUGCAUAAUCCAUUGGGAAUUUGGGAAAGAGCAGCUCGAGUUCCUAGCCAUAAGUAA